CCAGGUUUCUUGGGCAGCCACAGUCAUGGGGGAGACGGCCCGCAGUGCCGCGGGAUCCGCGCCUGGGGCGGCGGCUUCCGCCGAAGCCCCGCUGCAGUACAGCCUUCUUCUGCAGUACCUGGUGGGUGACAAGCGUCAGCCCCGGCUCCUGGAGCCUGGGAGCCUGGGCGGGAUCCCGAGUCCGGCCAAGAGUGAGGAGCAGAAGAUGGUCGAGAGGGCGAUGGAAAGCUGCGCCUUCAAGGCGGCGCUGGCCUGCUUGGGAGGAUUUGUCUUGGGAGGUGCAUUUGGGGUGUUCACUGCUGGCAUUGAUACCAAUGUGGGCUUUGACCCUAAGGAUCCUUACCGCACACCUACAGCAAAAGAAGUUCUUAAAGACAUGGGGCAGAGAGGAAUGUCCUACGCCAAAAAUUUUGCCAUCGUGGGCGCCAUGUUUUCUUGCACUGAGUGUUUGGUAGAAUCUUACCGGGGAAAAUCAGAUUGGAAGAACAGUGUCAUCAGUGGCUGCAUCACUGGAGGAGCCAUUGGUUUCAGAGCUGGCGUAAAGGCUGGGGUCAUUGGUUGUGGAGGUUUUGCUGCCUUCUCUGCUGCGAUCGAUUAUUACCUACGGUGAGAGCAGUUGCCUCCAGGGAAGGAUGAUGCCAGCCCAGGAUCAGAGCUGUUCUGUGUAGGGCAGUGUCUGCACCAUGCCGGGGCACUUGCUUCAGAGACUGAAGACAUUUGUUUUCCCUCACAUAGUUGGUGUCGUGAGGGAGCUGCCUGGCUGCAAUCUGCCACCUCUGAGCGGCCACGCUCUCUGCUCCUGGACUCCAGCCAGGCUGUCGGGGGCUGUGCCACGCCAGCCGCUCUCUUGCGGGCAGAUCAGGAGUCAGCGUGUUGACCUGUAGGAGUUGAGUCCCGCAGACGUUCAGUCCUGACCACAGUUGGCCCUCUGGUGGUUUGGUGCCGUGGGAAUGGAGGGGACUUCACAUAUACCCGGGAAGCUGCUCUACCUUGGACCUCCAUGCCGUCAUCCAUCUCACACACUGGGGCAGGGCAAAGUGAAUUUAUGCCAUCCGACCAAUGAUGUCAUUUUGUUUAGUGUUCUGCCUUGUUAAAAAACAUAUAUAUAUAUAUAUAUAUAUAUAUAUAUAUAUGUAUUUAUAUUACAGUUUAAAAGGUUG